ACCGUGUUCAGGCGUUCUAUUACACAGCGUAGAAGGCCGCAGCCCACACAUCCUGGUUGAUUUGUAUUGCGAAGGAAACCAGCGGUAAUAAUCAGCACCUUCGUCGCCACGAGUCAAUACAAGCCUGAGCCGUGUUCUCCGAGACACUCAAGCCUUCACGUAUUUCGUACUCACCUGGCAAUAUGACUUGGGUCCUUGGUUGGCCUCUGUACUACUACGACGCGAUCGACAUCGCCAAAACGCACAACCUCGUCAAGGAUCCGAAUGCUGACGACGUAGCCUACGCCGAAGCCGCACAGGAAUGGAUCGCGGACAGAGCUGGCCUGAUUCCGGUGUUCUCUUGCUGGGUCGACGAUCUGCCGCAGCUCGUCUAUGCUGCAUACGUCGACUACGGUGAUAGUCCUAAUCCCCCAGCCGAACUCAGCCUCGAGGAUAAAAUGACUGGCAAGCAGUACCGCCGUCUGAAGCGGGCAAUGCCUCUCAAGGACUUCGGUUGGUACCAACAUAACGACCCAUCUGGCGUUCUAUACGAGUACGACAGUGAUGAGUAUAAUGGCGAAGACGGUGAUGAAGAUAUCGACACGGCCAGCGAAGGAACUGCUCGGAGCGACAACGAAGCGGUAACUAACGGUGUUGUCUUGCAAUCAGACAUGCUCUCAGAGGACUCCAGCUCUUCUGAGACAGCUCAAUCACUGCUGACGGAGUUCGAUGCGCAUUGCGCCGUUGCUGAGCCGCAGUCUUGACGCACGGCAGUUCAUCCCGCCUCCUGUGAUUUUACAGUGUACUAUCCGAACUGUAUCGUUCCCUGUCUACCUAGCACCGUGCUUGCUUGCAUGUAUGUCUCGAUCUCAUUGCGUUGAUACCUCGCGGUCUUGAAGGCAAGAAUUGGAGGUUAACUCCGUGGACUACUGUACAGAUCGACACGAGUGUGUUCAUGCAGCGGAUUGCGUACUAGUACAUAUAUACAUACGAUGGCCCGCCCCCGGGGGAUGCAUAUGCAGGCGAAGCCUUGGGCGCGAAUGGGGGGACAAAUCUCACGCACUAUUACAUACC